AUGAUUGCAAAAGUCGCCGCUCCAUACAGUGAAUACAUAAAUGACUGUGAAAAUAAAGUUUUUGAUGAAUUUAUGCAAGCAAGUUCAUCAUGCACUUCAAAUACAAGCAAAUUAACGAUUACUAAUGCUAAAUUAAUGAUGCUGACACUUUUUAAAAGGCUUAGAGAUUCGGAUUUGUCGAAAUAUUGUUUGAGACACUCUGCAGCAAUAGGAGACGCUGAAUUACUGCAUAAAUAUGCAUGCCAUCAUUCUAAUGGUCAAUUACAUGGGAAAGCGGUAAACGUAAAUUGA